GUUCCCUAAAGGUAGGGAGGCUGAGCGCACCUAAGUGUUCGCGGAAGUAACGCAUUGUGUUACUGUGGAAUUUUAGCCACUCGAUUACAUGUGGAUUAAAGUUUCUGUUGUUCGGACAGCUGACAUGUCUGAUGCAACGUCUUCAUUAUGUCUCCGGUUGAUUUUACUGUUGGCCGUUUUCACCCCAACUUCCUUCGGUGGCCAGGAAAUCAUCACAACUGAGACUGAACAGGAUGUUACUCUGCCAUGUCAAGCUCCAGACAACAUCAUAGGUAUAGAGUGGAGCAGACCUGAUCUAAAUGAGGAAUAUGUCCUUUUGUAUCGGGAUGGGCGGUCCGAUCCAAAACACCAGCAUCCAUCUUUUGUGAACCGGGUGUAUCUAAAAGACGGAGAUGCGUCUUUGAUUCUGAAGAAUGUUACGACUGCUGAUACAGGCAAAUAUGAAUGUCGUGUGAGGACAGGAACAAGCCGCAGGAAGAGAGCGUAUCUGGAAAUUGAUCCCGUCAGUAUAAUAUAUCUGAGAGUUGUUGAUCCUCCAGGUGAGCCAAUACAAGAGAAGGAUGAAUUGAAAGAAACCGGACAAGAGAAGACAAGACUGAUAGUUGGUCUGUCAAUUUUUGCUGUGCUGCUUGUUUUUGUUGUUAUUGUUGGUUUUCUGAUCUACGGAAACCAUAAAAAAAAGGAGAAGAUGGAUUCACACCGUCAUCCUGCUGAACACCAACUAACCGGUCAACAGCUGAACUGUAAGUCUCUUCUUUCUGAGAGAGAGGAACAGCCUUGUGGGGUUUCAGUCUUGACCGCUGUUUGCAAGUGA